AGAUUUCCUAUCGUGUUACCGUUUGAUAGCAGAUUUAUUUAAUUUUUGCCCUGUUUUUUUUUUCUCCUCCGAUUUGUAGUGAAGAGAUUUAAAAUUGUAAUAUAAGUCCUUUAGUCUAAUGAAGGAAUGGAAAACUACGAAAAAAUCAAGAGUAUUGGUCGUGGUGCCUACGGAACUGUAUAUUUGUGCAGACGAAAUUCCGAUGGAUGCCAUGUUAUCAUCAAACAAAUUCCAGUGGAAGAAAUGAGUAAAGAAGAGAGAGUGGCCGCUAAAAACGAAGUUCAAGUGCUUUCCAUGCUGAAACAUCCAAACAUCAUCGCAUAUCUUGAGAGUUUCGUCGAGGAAAAAGCGCUGAUGAUAGUCAUGGAAUAUGCCCAAGGAGGUACCAUGUACACCUUUCUCGAGGAACGCGAAGGAAAGCUGCUUGACGAAGACGAGAUAAUACGACUUUUCGUACAAAUUGUGUUGGCUCUUUGUCACGUCCACCAACAAAAUAUCCUUCAUAGGGAUCUUAAGACUCAAAACAUUUUACUAAACAAGACAAGGAAGGUUGUAAAGAUCGGAGAUUUUGGCAUCUCAAAAAUACUGAGUAGCAAAAGCAAGGCUAAUUCAGUGAUAGGCACGCCAUGUUACAUUUCGCCUGAACUGUGUGAGGGCAAACCAUAUAAUCAAAAAAGUGAUAUUUGGGCUCUUGGAUGUGUCUUAUACGAACUAGCUACGUUAAAGAAAGCGUUCGAGGCGUCCAAUUUACCUGCUUUGGUAAUGAAAAUUAUGAAAGGGAACUUCAUUCCGAUUUCGGAAAGAUACAGUGAGGAUUUCAAGAAUCUUGUUUUAAACAUGCUUCAGGUGGACCCUGCUAAGAGGCCAACUCUGCGGCAAAUCAUGGCACAACCGCUUGUUGUCAACGCUUUGUUUAAUCUACAAACUGAUGUGGGACGAGUUCCAUGUAACAGAGCGCCAAGACCAACGGCAGGAAUAUCAGCUGUCAUACCUCCAAAAAGUGGACGAUCAUCAACUGGCAGCCGUCCCACAGGCAAUCAAGUCUAUCGCACCAGCUCCACAAACUCAGCAUCUGUAAUUCUUGAAGGACUUCCUGAUUUUAAGCCACGAGAGCCACAGUAUGUGGUGUAUCUGUGGGGCGGUGGCAUCAGAUCACCAGCCAAACUGAUGCUUCCACAGCAUGACUCUGAUGUGGUUCAGGUAGCCAUAGGCAGGGCACUGAAAACAGGGGUCUCCAAAAGUGGACGCAUGAUAAUCUGGGAUUCCAAUAAAAAGGCAGUGGAUGUUUCUUCAGAUGGAGCUGAGAAGGGAAGGUUAUUAGAAGAUAUGUGGGUACCAAGGUUCCUGGAGGGGCAGUCUGGAGUGACGAUAGUUGAAGUAUCCUGUGGGGAUUUCUUUGUGGCUUGCUUGACAGAUCGUGGAAUCCUCAUGACAUUUGGAAAUGGUAUGCAUGGUGCAUUAGGACAUGGAAAUCACAAUGAUGUUGGUCAGGCCAAAAUUGUGGAACAGUUAAUUGGAUUUGAAGUUAAGCAGGUGUCCUGUGGUGCUUCCCAUGUAAUGGUCGUCACGGCUGACCGAGAACUCUUCUCAUGGGGACGGGGUGACAACGGACGUUUGGGGCUUGGAAACCAGCAGUCGUUCUCUCUUCCACAACCUGUCAGUCUUGAACCUGGUUUCACUGCCAAACAGGUCAAAUGCGGCGUAGACUGCUCUUUUGUGCUGACAUUGAACAACAGGCUGUUAGCUUGCGGUAGUAACAGAUGCAACAAGCUAGCGCUAGACACUGAAGACCAAUCCGUGGACGAGUCACAUAUACUGAGACCCAUCACUUCCCUGCCUGUGAUGGCCGAGCCUGUCAAGGCUGUCACCAUGGGAACGUCACACACUGCGGUGCUAACGGACAGCGGUAAAUGCCUGACAUUCGGUUCCAAUUCAUUUGGCCAGCUCGGUUAUGAACGCGAGGGAAGUUGCCGAGAGCCUAGAGUAGUUAAAACUUUGGAAAACAAGAAGCUUACGUUUGUUUCUUGCGGAGACACUUUUACAGUUGCAGUAAGCAAUGAUGGAGAAGUGUUUUCGUGGGGGAAGGGUGCUAGAGGGCGGCUGGGAUUGCAGACGGACGAAGACUGUGCCACACCCAUGUCUGUUACUUUAUCAACGAAACUGAAAGUCUUGUCUGUGUCGUGUAGCCACAGUACUACCUUGAUGUGCGGGCAGGUGCUUUGAGUAACAAAGCCCUUCUGAUAGCUUGAUUUCGGUGAGGCUCAUUACUCGCUCUUUUCCAAUUCCAUGCAGCCUAACUAGUAAGGUUUCGAUUUCGACACCUUGGUUACCUUUACUUGAGUUGAACUCACACUCGCACUGGGCUUAAUAUACACCUGCAUGAGUACUAUGUUAAGCUGCUGUCGUGCAAAGAGAUGAACUGCCCUCUGAACUUAUUAGCGCAAAGAGACAACCUCACAAGUACUUGAGACAUGUAUUUUUCAAAGUUAUUCAAAGGUGACUACACACUAGUUCGGUAAAUCAGGAAGGAAUGCAAAUGACUGUAGACUAGAAAUAUAAUUAAAUAUUAUUAUUAAUUAUAAGAACGCAACGCAAAUGACGAAGUUGAAAAAAU